AGGGCGAAAGAGUGUUAAACUGAAAAAAUCUAAGAUGGAUAAAAAGCAUGUGAAGCAAAAAGUUAUACAAACAACCCUGAGUAUUAAAGAACAGUUUGUGAUGACUUUGGUGAGGUUAAAGCGAAGUCCAACAUUACUUAUGCUGGCCAACAAUUUCGGAAUAUCUGAGUCAACCUGUAGCAGAAUAGUCACUACCUGGGUGCUGUUUUUGGAGAAGGAGUUACAGUUCCUGUUACCUUUUUCUACCCUAACUGAAAUGGAAGGUUUACAAAGACCAAAGGUUUUCAGACCUUAUCCAAAUCUUCGAGCUGUAAUUGAUUGUACUGAAUUCUACAUUGAAAAACCUUCCAAUCCAUCAAGCCAACGUAGAACAUAUAGUGGAUACAAGUCAGCAAAUACUUUCAAGCUGUUGGUUUCCCUCUCUCCGAUCUGUCAUUUUAAUUUUGUUUCAGAAUUAUAUAGUGGGUCAAUCAGUGACAAAUCUAUAGUGCAAAGAAGUGGUUUUCUUAAUGCUUUGGAAGCUAAUGACGUUGUCAUGGCAGACAAAGGUUUUAACAUUCAGGACAUCCUCGCCCUUCACCAUGUAUACUUGUUGGCUCCUCCAAUCAUGGCAAAGAACAAAAUAUCUGAACAAGCAGUGACUUUAACCCGUCGAAUUGCUCGAGCGAGGGUUCAUGUGGAGAGGAUGAUAAGAAAGCUAAAACUUUUUAGAAUUUUAAGAAGCCCAAUUCCACUUACUAUAAAGCCUUACAUAAAUUCUAUUGCUAAGGUGUGUGCCUAUCUGGUCAAUCUUCAACCGUCAAUUAUCAAAGACACAGAUUGAAGAAAUGAGGAAUCUUUUUGUUUUAUAUGUACAUAGAAAUCAGUUAUAUUUUGUAUUUACAUUUUGGAUCUCAAAAAUUAUGAU